AGAAACUUUAAAUAAGAAGUACCAGCAAAAGUUAUUGAUAGCUGGAACAAAUAUGUGAUAGUAAAUGCAACUAUUUCUCUGAUUUUAUUCUUGUAUGAAUGAUGCUAGCCUGGAUCAAAAUCCAAAUCUAUGUGAAUCUGAUCCAUGCAUCCAGCAGACAAAUAACAAGCAGCCAGAUGGUGAUCAACAGAAGAACAAAAAUAAUAUAGUUAUCCCGGUAGUAUCAUCAGUUGCUGGGGUUUUGGUGCUCCUAAUAAUUGUAGCAGCAGCUAUAAUCUGUGGCCUUAAAAGGAAAAAACCACAAGCAUCUGAUGUGAACAUUUAUGUUGAGACCAACACUCCAAAUGGAUCACAAUUUGCAUCCAAGCAACGGCAAUAUACAUUCAAUGAGCUUGUUAAGAUCACCAACGACUUUACCAGAAUUCUUGGUAGAGGUGGAUUUGGAAAAGUUUAUCAUGGAUUUAUUGAUGACACUCAAGUAGCUGUAAAGAUGCUUUCUCCGUCAGCAGUACGAGGAUAUGAACAAUUCCUAGCAGAGGUUAAACUUCUGAUGAGAGUUCAUCAUAGAAAUCUGACUUCUCUUGUUGGGUAUUGCAAUGAAGAAAACAACAUAGGGCUCAUCUAUGAAUAUAUGGCAAAUGGAAACUUGGAUGAAAUUGUUUCAGGAAAAAGUAGUAGGGCAAAGUUCUUGACAUGGGAAGACAGACUCCAAAUAGCAUUGGAUGCAGCCCAAGGACUGGAAUAUCUGCAUAACGGUUGUAAGCCACCAAUAAUCCACAGAGAUGUGAAAUGUGCAAAUAUUUUAUUAAAUGAAAACUUCCAAGCAAAAUUGGCUGAUUUUGGGCUAUCCAAAAGCUUUCCCACAGAUGGGGGAUCUUAUAUGUCCACUGUUGUUGCUGGAACUCCCGGUUAUUUGGAUCCCGAGUACAGCAUAUCAAGCAGAUUGACAGAGAAAAGUGAUGUUUACAGCUUCGGAGUUGUUCUUUUGGAGAUGGUCACAGGUCAGCCAGCUAUUGCAAAAACACCUGAUAAGACUCACAUAAGUCAGUGGGUUAAAUCCAUGCUUUCCAAUGGGGAUAUAAAAAAUAUUGCUGACUCAAGGUUUAAGGAAGAUUUUGACACUAGCUCAGUCUGGAGAAUUGUUGAAAUCGGAAUGGCUUCUGUGUCCAUUAGUCCUUUCAAAAGGCCAAGUAUGAGCUAUAUAGUGAACGAGCUAAAGGAGUGUUUGACGACAGAAUUAGCUCGAAAAUAUAGUGGUCGUGACACUGAAAACAGUGACUCAAUUGAGUUGGUCACUCUGAAUUUCACAACUGAACUUGGUCCCCCAGCUAGGUAAUACAUUCACUGAUACCAAAAAAAUGUUCCUGAAAGCAGUGGUGUGUUUCAAUUUCUGUUUGCUGUACCUGAAUUUAUUGCAGUUUUGCAUGCUCAAUUCUUGUAGUCUUUUAUUCAAUGGAUUAAUUUUUCUGCUAUUUUAUUCUGAUGUUCUGUAA